AUGUCCGCAAAGUCCAUUACCGAAGCUGAUGGCAAGGCCAUCCUCAACUACCACCUCACCCGCGCCCCCGUCAUCAAGCCCUCUCCCCUGCCGAAGCCAACCACGCACAACGCUCCCCCAAGGCUCGCUUCUCUGUACUUCCCAGAGGACGCCGCUGUCGAGGAUGUCCUGAACCAGGCCGAGGUCACCUACCCAUGGCUGCUCCAGGACGGCGCCAAGUUCGUCGCGAAGCCUGACCAGCUGAUCAAGAGGCGAGGCAAGAGUGGUCUCCUGGCCCUGAACAAGACCUGGGCCGAGGCAAAGGCCUGGGUUGCUGAGCGCGCCGGAAAGCCCCAGAAGGUCGAGCACGUCGAGGGUGUCCUGCGCCAGUUCCUCGUCGAGCCUUUCGUGCCUCACCCUUCAGACACUGAGUACUACAUCAACAUCAACUCAGUCCGAGAUGGCGACUGGAUUCUCUUCACACACGAGGGUGGUGUUGAUGUCGGCGAUGUCGACGCUAAGGCCAAGAAGCUCCUGAUUCCCGUCGACCUCUCCCAGUACCCAACCAACGAGGAGAUCGCCAACGUUCUCCUCGCCGAUGUUCCCAAGGGUGUUCACAAUGUCCUGGUUGACUUCAUCACGCGGCUGUACGCUGUGUACGUCGACUGCCAGUUCACCUACCUCGAGAUCAACCCUCUCGUUGUCAUCCCCAACGAGAAUGCCACAUCCGCCUCCGUGCACUUCCUGGAUCUUGCUGCCAAGCUUGACCAGACCGCAGACUUCGAGUGUGGUGUCAAGUGGGCCAUCGCCCGGUCGCCUGCCGCUCUGGGUCUGACCAACGUUGCGUCCAAGUCCGGCUCCGUCAAUGUCGAUGCCGGCCCACCAAUGGAGUUCCCCGCUCCUUUCGGCCGUGAGCUGUCCAAGGAAGAGGCUUACAUUGCUGAGCUCGAUGCCAAGACCGGUGCUUCGCUGAAGCUGACUGUCCUGAACCCCAACGGACGUAUCUGGACCCUGGUCGCUGGUGGUGGUGCUUCAGUUGUGUACGCCGACGCCAUUGCCUCCGCUGGCUUCGCGGAUGAGCUCGCCAACUACGGUGAGUACUCUGGCGCGCCCACUGAGUCGCAGACCUUCCACUACGCCCGCACUGUUCUGGACCUGAUGCUGCGCGCACCAGUGUCUGACCAGGGCAAGGUACUGUUCAUCGGAGGUGGUAUCGCCAACUUCACCAACGUUGCUUCCACCUUCAAGGGAGUCAUCCGCGCUCUGCGGGAAUACGCCAAGGCUCUGAAGGAGCACAACGUCAAGAUCUGGGUGCGUCGUGCCGGUCCCAACUGGCAAGAGGGUCUGAAGAACAUGAAGUCGGCCACUCAAGAGCUCGGCCUGGACUCGCAUAUUUUCGGCCCUGACAUGCACGUGUCGGGUAUCGUGCCCCUGGCGCUGGUCCCUGGCGAGUGGGAGAAGUCGAAGGUUCAGGAGUUCCAAGGUUAA